UACUGGAAAAGCUGAAAGUGUAUUGUUAUUAAAGAAAACACAUUCUUAUUCUUAUUAAUUAAGUACGUACAUAUUUAUUUGACGAUAAAAUCCAGUACACACUAACAAAAUUUAUACACGAUACAGUAGUUAUUAAAAAUAUUUAACCCUUUAAAGGACCUAGAGUUAAAUAAUCGAUCCGUGGCCUUGGCAAAUGCCUCAACGACAGACCACAGGUGAAUCAUCAUCACUCAUACUCAUAGUGAAUGAUUGUGACAUCUUAAUUAAAACAUAACUGGAAACAGCUGAGCUAAUUCAUAAAUUUACCAUAAAUCGAUCACCAAUUGAUUAGUGAUAACUCUUUAUGUCAAUUUAUGCCCACCUAGUAGAAUAAAAUACUUUUUUGUUUUGAUUGAACUUUAACUUUUAACCUUGUGACUUGUGGCAAUGUAUAAUUUAAAUUACCAUUAUCUUUUGUCCAUAUACAAUUCUUAGUAUUAUUCUUGAAAUAUGUGAAAUAACUUGAUCCUUAGUCUAUUAUAACAGUCACAUAAUAAUUCUGGAUAGCGGCUAGGCCAUGCGUGUCCGGGUCCCUUUAGACUUUAGAGUAGACUAAAUGCUAUUUCGAUGUCAUUGUGUGAUAGUUUAUUUUAGUUAAACUGAAGAAGUAAUUUUAAACAAAUAUAGUCCAUUCGAUUAUCUUUCAUUUGAUACCUAAUUUUGUCUUACAAACCCUACAAUAAUAUUUUUAAUAUUUUUUAAUAAACCCAAACUUUCACUUCUGAUACCUGGGUCCGAAUAGUCGCAGCCAUAAUUUAAUUAGCUUAUUUAAAUCAUUAUUUAUAUAAGUAUAACAGUUAAUUACAUUGUUAAGAAUUACAUCAAAUAAGGAUUCCUUUUUAUUUUUAUUCAUUCCAGAUGGCAGAUGUGUAACCUUUUAUGAGAGUUGAUCUUUAUUUUUAUUAUCAAUCAAAUUUUUUUACUUCAAAACCUUUUUGGGAAUUUAAAAAAAAGUAUAGCUAUACCCUAAGAAAAAUGAGUCUUCAGUGUCGACCGAAUUUCUCAGAAGUUGAUAUUAGUUUUGAUAUGGAGCGUCUUUUUGAUCCAUAUAAUUUUGAUCAUAUUCCAAUUGUGAAAAGACUUGAUCUUUUCAAAAAAAGGGAUUUGGCACAUAUCAAACAUUAUAAAGCAGCCGUAAAAAUAUUUGGGGGACCUCAAAAGCGUACUAGAGCUAUUAUUGCUCCACCUAUGGAAACUCCAUUUAAGCACAGGCUUGGUCACUAUCAUAAUGUUGUUUCACAACCUCCUUCCCUAAUACUAAAUGGGUCAUUAAAAACUCCUCCAGUCGUAAUUAAAGAGCCAUCAGAGCAAGAACAAAAAUGUUUUCAAGAAAGGGAGAAACGUUCAAAUUACAAAAGCUGGAUAGAGAAAAGAAAAAGGCUUCGUCUUGAUCUUGAAAAUUUAGCCCUUAGUGAAUCACUCUUGUCAAGAAAAGCAAAUAAAUCAGAGCUGGAAAAACGAGUGCAAGCAAAGUUUCGCUCUGCCAGGUUAUGGAAACCAGAUGAGCCAUCACCACCUGACCAAGUUCCAGCCCCUAAACCUUUACCUGAUGUUCCUAGAAUGUCUGUCCCACCGCCCGAUGGUCUUCAGAUACUUGAUAAAUUUCUUUCGCUAAAUCAUAUGCGUCUAAUGGAUUUAUUCUUGCUGGCUGACAAAGAUAAAAGUUGGACAAUUUCAAGGCAGAAAUUCAUAAGUCUUGUACAGCAGGUAAUUGUUAAAAAUAAGCAAAGAAAAUUAAAUGUGAUGAAAAACUGUGAAUCUCUAUAAAUUAUUUUCAUAGAUUUCAAAUUUACUUCCUCAGCAAUAAAUGUAAGAAUAUCUAAUUAAGUAUUUGAUGACUAAUGUAAAGCUGAAGGCCAUUUAAACUUAAAUAUAUUUUUAUACAUCAUUUCUUUUUACAUUUUUUCCUUUAGUGCAAGUUGUUGAAGCAUCUUUUAAUAACUUACUAAUUUUAUUCCUCCUGUUUUUUUUUUGUGUACAUAUUUCUCAAUGAAAUGUGUGACCAUUAUUGAUGCAUAUAUUAAAAAAAUUAUCCUUCAUAAAUGAUUUUUUUUAAAAUUUUGCCUUUCCCUUCCAUAGUCAAAUAUACCAUUAAGUGAAACUGAAAUAGAUGACCUGAUUAUCACAUUGGACUCAGAUUUAGAUGAUCAAUUAAAUUAUCAAGAAUUAAAUAAAGGCCUAACAGAGUGGAGAAAGCAAAGGAGAGCACUCAAAAGACAAAAUGGGGAAGAUUGUUCUUCAUGCACCAGUGCUGGUUCUUAUGGUAGGUUCAUUAACAAUUAUUAUAUUAUAUAACCUUGAAAAUAAUCACUACAUAAGGAGGAGUGAUCAUAAAAAUUUAUUGGUGUAAUAUAAUAUGUAAUCCAAUAACAACUCAGUUUAAAGUUGUAUUAUAUUUAACCCUGACAAGAUUCAUUUUUUAAAAUAAACUUAAAGAAAAUUAUUAUAUUCGUUAAAAUCUAAUAAGUUAUUUCAGAGAGGUUUGGAUGAACAAGCUUCACAAUACAAAAGAUUUUAUAGCCUUAAAAAGGCCUUAUUUAUCAAGACCAUUUGAUAAAACUAAAUCAUGCUUUCUUCAUUUAAAAUCCUGAUAAUAUUAUCUUCAUAAAAUACAGUUCGUACAAACAGCUCAGGUGCUUCAUUUGAGAAAAUUAAGUCCAGAGAGGCAAAUAUUCCAGAGCAAGAAAGGCCGGGAAAUAUCAUUUCUGAAGAUGAAACCCCAAUAAGAAAAGAAUCAGGCUGCUCACAAAAUCAAUAUGAAGACAAUACAAUGCAAAGAAGAGAUUUGCUUGAUACAACAGUUAUACAUAAAACUACUGGAAGAAGAAGCCAGACUGAAGGCAUUGAACAUGAGAGUGAGCAGAUAUCGGAUCAUGAAUCGAGAUAUUUGACAAAAUAUGAUUCCAAGAACCAACCAAUGGCAUUUGUGGAGAAAAUAACUUUACAGGAUCAUGUCCAAAAGUCUGAUAACUACCUGGUAACAGAAUAUCAUACUGUUAUAAAUGGAGAGGACAAAACAUUUUCUGAUCAGACACACGAGGUCAAGGUAAAUAUAUAUUUUAAUGUAAGAGAAGGAUACAUUUCUCAGAUCACUUUUGUUGAGUUUUCAUACAUGCCUAAUAACAAUAUGCUGUUUUACACUAAUAAAACAUAAUCAAGUGACCAGGGUCAGUAAUUUGAUUUUAGAUCUUAAUAUGAUUUCUUCAUCAUGUUUUUUUACCAUCAAAAUCCUUAUGUUUUUAGACUAUCAUCUUUUCUGAAAACUCAAGACCUAUGUCACAUAAAACAAACGCAAGCUCAAGGACCCAUAGUAGCACACCAAACACAUUAGAGCCACCUGAAUUAGACUUACGACAGGAAGCAAGAAUACCAGAAUCCCCAGAGGCCAUGCUAGACAUUCGCAAACACGACCAGGUUGUGCUUAGGAGGAAUAGUAUGAAAAAGAAUGUAAGUUUCUCUAAACACCCAGACAAAUUUAAGGUAAAAAUCACCAAUCAACUCUUUUCUACAAAAAAGAAAAUAUUUAUUUCGGAGUAAUGUUAUAUGAAUAUGAUUUUAAAUCAUUAAAGUUAUUGAUAUGGGAAACAUUCAAUAAAAUAAAGCAUUUAGCAGAAAUCUAUACUAUAACCAUAAAUUUGAGAAAUGAUUUCUCAUGAUUUAUCGAUACAGGGUAAGUAAUAUAUAUUUUUUUCCUAUCUUAGAUGUCUGUAGAUCAGCGUAUGGCUUUUGAUGAGAUACCUGGAGUGAUAAAAGUUGGCUAUAAACCAAUCGAUGACCACUGUUCUGAAUCCACUCUUAGUGGUCCAGUUUCCAAGAUGGUGAAUCAGUUCAGAAGAGAAAAACUUAAGGAGUAUUUCGAAGUCAUUAAAAUGUUUGAAGACAUUGGCUUGCCUUUAACACAAAAAACUUUGGACAGAGGUUAUUAAUAUUAGCAACAACAAUAAUAAUACUAAUACACUGCUCAAAUUAUCAACAAAAAUGCAAAGUAUGAAUUACUUGUGUUAGGUUAUGAGUUUUGAGGGAGAAAAAUAAAAUGAUAAGUAUAUCAGUAUCAGCCCUAUAUUUUCAUUGCUGUAUCUAUCACCUUUAAAAAAUAUGAAUGAAUAUAACUUUUUUUGUUUAAAGCAAAAUAUUGCAUAGUGUGUAUGAAAGAAUUAAAAUAUUUUUUUAAAGUUAGAAUAUCCCAAGACUAAUAAGGAUUAUGAGCAACAUUAAAUCCAUAUGUAAUUUAUGAAAACUUAAAUAUUUUUUUAAAUCUUUACAGUCCUACUUUAUCCUGGGGACCAUCCUACAAAUGCAAUCAAAAACAGACUCAGCAUUCCUUCAGGGCCUCUUAGAAACGAGUGGAGUCCAAUCAAAAAGAACAAAACGAAGAAGAUUAUCAAAAAGAAUGACAGGGAAAAGCAACACAGCCCUGCUUCAGACAUGGUCAAUCCAUCGCUUACUGCACCUGUCACUAGUAGUGUUGAAAGAAGUAGAGGACCUGGUGUGGGCCAAGAUGCCAUUGAAAGCAAAGAUGAGGAUGAGGAUGUGGGGCACAGUAAAAGGUCAAGGUCAAAACACACAUAUGUUACUGUGGAACAGGUCUACCCCAUGGCUUCAAAAGUGAAGCCCAAAGUCACAGAAGAGGAUCUCAGUUCAGGUGUUGCUCUAAUCAAGCGGAAAGUGGACAACUGGAUGACAUUUGAAGAGUACAGCAAAUAUACCAGGUACAUUGAACUUCAAUAAGUUUAAUGUUACAUGAAGGAUCAAUAAAUCUUAUCUCAUAGACUUGCUGAAUGAUUAUCUUUGCAGCUUUGCUUAUGUCAACUGACAUAUUUCUAAAAGUGCUCGUAAUUAAAAAAUUAUGACAACUAAAACUAGUUGACUGUUAGCAAGUAAAUCAAAUGUUGGUUUUGUUAAAUAAUGAGUCAGGUUCUAACCAAGCAGUUGCUCUCUCUCUUGUGAGUGUUCUUAGACUUGGAUGAAAAACUUUCAAAUAUAUGAACAUUGAAAGCUUUUUCUUAUGCACAUUCAAAACUUUAAACAUAGAAGCUACCGGGUAUUAUUAUUACAUUUUAGUUAAAAAUAUUGACAAAAUUUGACUUUUUAAACUAAGAAUAAAUGUGAUUCGUCAAUAUUAUUAUUGUGUAUUCAAUUAAAAAUGAAAUUUACUUAUCACCUUGCAGAAAUUUACAAAAAAAAUUCCAGCACAUCAACCAUAAGAGCAAUCCCAAUGCCAUUUGGUCUGGUCAUCUCCUGGAUAAAAUACGACUCUGCAUGGACUACCACCCUCAAGGACAUGGCCCUGGGUCUUCCCUCAUUAACAGGGAGUCAUGUGGUUAUGAAGGAAUAGGUGAAGGUCUAUACAAUGGUAGAGGCAAUGCAGUGUUUUAUGAAACCACCAAGACGAAAAGAGUGUAUCCGGGUUACAACAACGACCUCCUGACUUGGCCAGUUGGUGAAAAUGGAGUCAGAUAUGGAAGUAUUGAUGAACAUAGAAUCAUUAAGUGAACAAUUUUUAAACUGAUUUGUUAAUGUAAUGGAAAUUAGAUUAGAAGUGUAAUUUCAUCAUACUAAUAAUACAAAUGUAACAGAACCAAUUUACAUAUAGUUGAGUUUAAAUCACUGUUGGGUGUGGAAAGACGAACAAAGUAACUGAUAUGAAGAGUUUAUUGUAAUUUGCAUAAGAGAACACAGUACAGGUACUGCUCAUUCCUGCCAAAGACAAUCAGGGACUGGAACAAGCUUCCAAAAGGAACGGUUAAGGUGACAACACUUGACACAUUUGCGUCAAUUGCCUCAGGCCUUCCAGCCCCCAGUUCCUGAUACCCUCGCUGAGUAGCUCUUGCAACCAGUGAAAUAUCCUCUUCAAUAUCAGGCACAGAAACAUCGCAAAUUCCCUCUACAUAAAUAGGAGCCAGAACAAUCAGUACAUUGAUCGUGGGCCCUUAAGGUAUAGAAGAACAUUUUUAUUUUAAUAAUUGUUGGCCAAAAAUAUGAUGAGCUGAAUUAAAGGCAGAUGCUGAAUCCUUAAACUCCCAGAAUGUUCUCUGCAGUUCAUUCUAAAACUAAUUGUUAACUCCCCUUACAUCCCUUAUAAAUUUAAUGGAAAAGUUAAGAAAGGAGCACAGUAGGCUGACUGGCCCAGGGAAUUAUUGAUCAAUUCCUAUUAGUGGACAAAUGUUAUGUUGAAAGUUUGUUACAUUAUUACAAUCCUGAAGCUCCCUCAAACAUAUCAAAUCAUUUUUAAAAUACCAUAUUUAAAUUAAUAGUGGACAUGCCUGUAUUGUUGUUCAUGUUAGUGUAAUGACGAUUCUUUAUUACAUCCCUUAAACAUAAAGAUGUUUUUCUUUCAAUUUCAAUUAUAAAUAAAUAAUUCAUGUUAUUUCUUCAGGGUUUAGAUUUGUAAUUUUUUUUUAUGUGGUUAGUGGUUACAAUUUCAGUUCUGGACGAGAAGGAUAAAAUAAUGUACAAACUUUUAUUCAGUCAACUCUAGCUUAACGGGAAAUAUUAUAGGUAUUAUUGAUUAUUAACCCCAUGUUAAGUUAUUUAUUGUCUUCAGUGGUAUUGAGGUUGUAUGACCAGGGUUUACCUAGUCCUCAAGUUGCUUCACUUGGCUGAUGAGUCCAUUCCACUUGACCAUUCACCCCUACCUGGUGAUGGGGACCUGGAUGAUAAUCAAACCAGCAAUCUAUCGCUUAGGAGGGAAAACUUACCAACACUGCGCCUUGGGGGUGGCAAUGAAAUUUAUUUUAAAAACUAAUUUAAGCUUCAUUUAUUUAAGUAAGUUAUAAUCUAGAAAUCUUAGUAAAAAAAAAGUGCUCAAUCAAACUCAAGAAAGACAGAAAAAAUAACAAUAUUGUUUAUUGCAAGCAUUUCAACUGUUCAAAUCAAAAGAUUUGAGAUUCUACAGACAAGAAAACACGACAGUUCAAAUAAAAUCCACAUCAUCAAUCUCUUCACCUAUUGGUCAAUACCGACAUUUUUUUGUUUGUUUGCUUUAGCAAAGAUGUGAUUUUAAGUACUGAAAGUGCUUUAUAAUUACAUUAAAAAAACUGUGAAAACUGUUUUAACUUAUUCUUUCUUUUUUCUUUAUUUAGACGUAUUUACGAUCAAUUCUUUUCUUACCUGAUGAUAAUGAUAUUCCAGAGUCAUGUUCUCAAAAUGAAACGAUGUACCCGGUAUCCAUAAUUCAUUUUUAUUUUUUUUAAAAUAAAUAAAUAAAUUGGGAGAAGUGCUUUUUUUCCAGUUGGUUCUAAAAAAGAAUGAUAGAUCGAUUGAAAGAGUCAUGUUUUAACUACGGCUUCUUUGUUCUGAUUGGACAUGUAAAAUAAUUCUAUCAACACAGCAUUAAGUAAACACAAUGGCAGGAGGGAAUAAAGGGGAGAUAAAUCACACACCUUUGAAAGCCCAAUACAGGAAACAUCAUAGUAUAGAUAAAGUUUACAUAAAUUAUCACUUUUUUCCUCUCUUCUUAAUUUUUGCUUUCUUUUUCUUCUCAGAUGCUUUCAGGAGUGCCUUUUUGGUCAUUUUUGGUCCAGUUGUGGCAUUUCCACCUGUCUUUUUAAUGGCGAUAUUUUCUUCCAUAAGGUCUCCCAGCAGGCCUUGUUCAGCCAACAUUGACAGAAAAGUGACAAUAAAUGUAUCGUAGUUAUGUGUCCUUCGACAGGCGUCAAUCUGGAAACAAUAAUAUUUCAGACUUUUUAAAACAAAAAUUAAAAACGUUCACCCAUUGGAAUUUUAAAAAAAGCAUUUGCAAGGAAUCAAUAAUAUCUUUUAAAUUUGCCAUUUGUUUACAAAGAAAUCAAAAGACUUUUUCUUUUAAUUGAAGAAAGUUAAAACUCUGGCCCUUACCUUGUAUUUUUUGCGCUUUUCAUUUUCUUCUUUCAAACUUGCCUCACAAAUCUCAAUUUCUU